AGGAGGGCCCUGCAGUGACGCUGUGACAGGAACCUUAAAGGCUUAGAGGAGAAGCUUGUGUCUAACGCUGUAGAGGAGCGGGAGCCAGUGGGAGAGGCCAGAGAGGCGUCUAGGUUGGCAGGGUAACAAUCUCUAAGGGUAACCGUCACUGGAGGUUUUUAGGAACAGGUUAGACAGACGCCUGUCAGGGCUGGUCAAGGUUUACUUGGUCCUGCCACAGCGCAAGGGGCUGGAUUUGAUGAGCUCUCGAGGUCCUGUCCAGCCCGACAUUGCUGGGACUCUGUUCUCAGCAGCCACGUUGUGAAUGAAGUGGAGAAGGGGGUCACUGACCUAGUGGAGAAGCAGGAGACGUGAUAUAUCUUGAUUUUAGUAUGGCAUUUGACAUAGUCCCACGUGACAUUCUCACAAGCAAACUGCGGAAUGUGGUCUAGAUGAAAUUACUAUAAGGUGGAGACACAGCAGUCUCGCUGCUGAUUGUCCAGAAAAUGGCAGAAGAGCGCGCCGAAGCGACAAGCGAUACCAGUAGAGGGGUUAAUGACUCAAUGCUGCCGGGUCACGGACAAGAGGAAGGAAGGAGAAGAGAUGUGGAUUUCAGCCUAAAAUGCAUUAAAGAUAAACGGAUCCCAAUUACCGUUACUGUCGUCAUCACAGCGUUGAUCAUCACCAUAAUUGCACUGGCGGCCAAGAAGAUGCCCCCCUGCCCAAGCUGCCCGUCCCACGUCACUGCUGCGUGCCCGGAUGGCUGGGUGGGAUUCCAAGGGAACUGCUACUACUUCUCAGAGACUGAAGGGAACUGGAGCGCCAGCCAGAGCCACUGCUCUUCCCUCAGCUCCUCCCUGGCUUCCAUUGAUUCCCUGCCGGAGCUGGAUUUCAUGUCACGCUAUAGAGGGAUCCCUUACCGCUGGAUUGGCCUCCAGAGGGAACCAGGCGAGGGCCAGCCCUGGAAGUGGACCAACGGUACCAUAUUCAACAACCUGUUUCAGGUCAGAGGGGAAGGGCAGUGCGCUUACCUGAAUGAAUAUGGGGUCAGCAGCUCCAGGUGCUACUCAGACAGACAUUUCAUCUGCAGCUGGCCGGACCAGUGCUCUAGAAGGAAGCCAAGCGCCGCAGGAGGGGACACAAUGUCUAAGAUCACUUAAAGGGCCAAUGCAGCCUCUUCAGUGGAUGCAGAACUUACACAUUCAUCAUCUCUUGUGCAGCAUCCUACCUCUCCAACCAUUGCUCCCUCCAGAUCCCUGCUGAAAAACCAUCUUUACAAUGCUCACAACACUAACUCUACUACACAAUAACACCACUGACAUGGUACUACUGGACAGGGGUUUUAGAGGUUUAAAUCUAAUAUUCUGUUAAUACUGGAAGUGAAUAAGUUAUUUAGAUUAUGAAGAAUCCCUGCUUUUAUUUAAAGAAGAGUAUGUUUCUAGCUCGCUUGGUUAUGAAUAUACCCUGGCAAAUCAAACAGAGCCUGAGUCAGAUGAGAGCUUGAAACAAUAACUCAGAAAAGUGCCCCAUUUAAUUUAUUGACACGUUGACUCUGGAACCUAGUGUCGACACUGACUUCUUUCUUUUUCCUCUACGCUGCUUUUCCUGGUGAGGGUCGCGGUAGCAGCAUGGAGAGUAGGGAGGACCAGACCUCCCUUUCCUCCACAACAGAUUCCAGCUCCUCCUAUGGGGGAUUCCCAAGCAUUCCCAGGCCAGCUGGGAGAUAUAAUCCCUCCAACGUGUUCUGGGUUGGCCUCGGGGCCUCCUCCCAGUGGUACAUGUUCAGUAGAGUUCGAAAGGAAGCCUACCAGGGGGUAACCUUACCCUGUCUCAGACAGUAAGCCCAGCAACCCUGCGGAGAAACCUCAUUUCCACCGCUUGUACCCGUGAUCUCGUCCUUUCAGUCAUUACCCAAAGUUCAUGGCCAUAGGUGAGGAUGGGGACAUAGAUUAAACUGUAAACCGAGAGCUUUGUCUGAGAACUCAGCUCCCACUUCACCACCACAGAUCGGCACAGUGGCCUCAUCACUGCCACCACCUCCCCAAUCCGCCGGUAGAUCUCCCGCUCCCAUUUACCAUCACCAAGUGAUAGCUCUGCCCGUCUCUGCACCCAGAUGUCCAGAACAUAUAGACUCCCUCCGAGGAUCGUUACCUUGUCGUGGUGGAGGGGCUUGCGUGUUCCGAUGAACCCCAGGGCUACGUCGUCUGGAGCCUAGUGCUCCUGGGAGGGUGACCCUAGACGAACAGGUCUGGGGGGAGGUUCCAGACUAAAAACGAUCCCGCACAAGAUGCUCAUGAAAGCCCAACAAAUGAGCACGUGAACCUCGCCUAGAUUAGGAAUAUCGGACCCACCCCUGAAGCCAGGCCUGGGGCUGGUGUUAGUGAGCGUCUGAUGGCCAAGCAACCCAUGUAACCCGGCCGGGCCUAGCCCGAAAAGGGGACAGGGGCUCAGCACCCGCGAGGCAAAGAGUGAGGGUUGGGUGCGAUGCCUGAAUGGCAGCAGGAGGGAUGGACCACGACGGACUGGCCUCCGCGAUGGAGACUGGCCUGACACUAAAAUACAGGCAGAGGCAGCUAUUCUUUGAGCUAAAGAACCAGACUUGUGAACAGCAGCUACUGCAGGGGGACAGAGACCCUGAGUGUGGGAUACAGACCCUUACACUUGGGAAAAGGCCGAAGAGACUGAACCAAAGUCGGGGUAAGAAGUAGCCAGUGGAUCUUGGAAACAUCAUUUGAAGCUGGGACUGGACGACACGGGAUGGAUCACUUGAUAAUUGCCCUGUUCUGUUCAUUGCCUCUGAAGCAAUUGCCACCAGCAACUGUGGGAAGACAGGACACUGGGCUAGAUGGAGCAUUGGCCUGACCCCGUAUGGCUGCUCUGAUGAACUUUAUUUUUGUGCGUGUGUUUUUGAGUAGAUCUGAUCAGAAUUUGACAAGAAACAUUUUUUAACAGUGUUUUCUCCAGGAUUUUUUUGCCAUCCUUUAUUUAUUUAUUUUUAUUCUGACUGAAAUUGUGAAUGGGAGAGACUUAGCAUCUCUCAUCAUGUGCAUUUAAUUCAUUGCUCUGAGCUAAGAUUGGGUCGGGAGAGCUCCUGGAAGGGUUUAGUCACUUCCCCUGGGCUGUGUAAAUACCAGAGUAACCCAAAAUGACUCCCAGUCAGGAACCAAAUUAGUGGCCAGGUUUUCAAUAGAUUCAUGUAGGUUAAGGCCAGAAGGGACCAUUAAAUGAUCUAGUCUGGCCUCCUGCCUAGCACGGGCCAGAGAACUUCCCCCACUUACCCCUGUAUUGAGCCCAAUAACUUCUGUUUGGCUAAAGUCUAUCUUCCAGAAAGGCACCAGUCCGGCGUCCGGCUCACCAACGCCAUAUACAAUGAGCUGAGCUGUUCUGAAACUCUGCCCUAAGGGUCACAAGGGGAGCUGUCAUGGUGGUUGAGGGAAAUCUGAGGGUCCUUAACUUGGAGCAGAAACUAAAGCAAAAAACAAACAAAACACAAACAGAAAACUGAACCCGAGUCGUAGAUUCCAAGGCCAGAAGGGACCGCGGUGGUCAUGUCGUCUGACUUCCUGUACAAUACUGGCCAGAGACCUGCCCCCAAAUAAUUCCCGCUUAAGCCGGGCCUCCCAUUUUGGAUUACUCUGGUGUUUAAAAUAGACAAGUAAAUAAACCUUUGUUUUGGUGGGAGGAAAAAUCAACCAACCAACCCUACUUCCUCUCACUUUUAAAAACUCUUUUCCCCACGGCGGGAGGGAGGGAUGGGGGAAAUAUUUUUUAAAGAGAGA